UCCCCCCUGAUUUCAUUUCCACAGUAUCCAAGUAGAAGAAGAAGAGGACCAGAAAAAGGAAAGGAGAGAGUAAUGAGGCAUGAAUCGAUGAAUCUAUGAAUGGUAACAUAAAAUUUCAAAUGAAUUCAAUCACGGGUUCUCUUCAUUUCUUAAUUUCCUUCUCAAAGUUUCAACCAUUUCCUCAUUCACACUGACAACAAAACCCCCAAAAUCUUUCUUCAUCGUCUUCUUUGCUAUUGGGGUUUCAAAUUACAGAAACUACAAUGGGUAGACCACCACCAAGUGGUUUUCCAGCUUUCCGUUUCACUUCCUCUGAGGUGGCAGAGAUGGAUGCUCUUUUACUUGGAGCUAAUAAUACUCUUCCAACUCGUGAAGUUGUUUGUACACUUGCGGAAACCUUUAGUGCGGCACCAGAACGAGCUGGAAAGAGUGUCGUGCAAUGGAAGCAGGUGUGGAAUUGGUUUCAAAAUAGGAGGUAUUCAUUGAAGGCAAAACUGAUUAGGACUCCUGGGAAACUCAAUGUUUCUUCCUUGCCUCGUGAUGAUUCCGGUCUUAUUAGAAAUUUGUGUAACUCUGGACCCUUGCUUCCAGGAACGGAUCCUUUUGAUAAUAAUGCACGAGUGGAGUUUGAAGCCAAGUCAGCAAGGGACGGAGCCUGGUAUGAUGUCGCAACAUUUGUCUCUCAUAGGCUGUUUGAGACUGGUGAUCCGGAAGUUCGAGUUCGGUUUGCGGGAUUCACCCCAGAUGAGGAUGAGUGGGUUAAUGUGAGGAAGCAUGUAAGACAUAGCUCUAUCCCUUGUUUAGCAGCAGAAUGUGGUGCAAUACUUCCUGGAGACUUGGUACUCUGUUUUCAGUCACUUUCUGGAAAUUUUCAGGAAAGGCAAGGCCAGGCUCUUUACUUAGAUGCCCAUGUAAUUGAUGCACAAAGAUGGAGACACGAUGUUCGUGGGUGUCGUUGUAGGUUUCUUGUGCGUUAUGAUCAUGACCAAUCUGAGGAAAUUGUCCCACUGAGAAAAUUGUGUCGUCGACCAGAAAGUGACCACAGGUUACAGUUACUGUAUGCAUCUAAGGAGCCUCCUUUGGCAGAUCUGCAAGACCUUGGUAAAGACCAUGCCUCUCUUUUUGGCACUUCUGAGAGUCUCAAUUCAACUCCUCGAAAGACAAGAAAACGACAUAAACCAAAAGUGAAUGCUGAUGUUUCGCAGUCUUCCCAUUCGGGGGAGCGGUCAAUAUCGUGGAUGAAGAGUGAAAAGUUUGAUGAUAGUAGCAAUAACUAUAAUAAUUUCAGAACAUCAGAUGAACCAAUUCGUGAUGCUGCUGCUGCUGUUGCAGCAUUAGUCAUUGGAAAUGCUACCGGCACAGAUAGUGGCUCUGUCUCUGUGAUGCCUACAAAUAUUGAGGGAGGGGGUAUUUAAUGGAUUCCAUAUGGAUGUGCUAUAUAUGUCCUCCACACCCUUUGUUAUAUGUAGUCAGUUUGAUGUAUACUAGACGGUGAAGAAGGAUUUUGUAGUAAUCUAUGUUGUACUGCGCUUUUGAUUACUAUGUUAACUCAAUGAGAACGCUUUCUUAUCUAACUUCUGAUCGGACAAUAUCUAACUAACUUUGCAUUUGCUGUGAAAUCAAUUAUUUAUAGUUCGAGGAAA